AUGGCUGCCGUCGGUAUCGAUUUGGGUACCGCGUAUUCGUGUGUGGCUGUGUGGAAACAAGGCAGUGUAGAAGUGAUUGCAAACGAACUUGGUAACCGGACUACGCCAUCUUGCGUCGCAUUCACCGAAUCGGGACGUUUAAUCGGCGAAGAGGCCCGCAACCAAGCAGCUUUUAAUUCGGCGAACACAAUUUUUAACGCGAAACGUUUGAUUGGGCGAAGGUACGACGACAUCGGCGUGCAAACAAAUCUACGUCAUUGGCCGUUUAAAAUUACGAACGAGAACGGUAAGCCUAUGAUUUUAGUACAAAAUAAUGAGCAGACUAAGUCUUUCGCGCCAGAAGAAAUUAGCUCUAUGGUUCUUUUCAAAAUGAAAGAAAUUGCCGAAAAUUAUUUAGGUAAAAAGGUGGAUAAAGCUGUAAUUACGGUUCCCGCGUAUUUCAACGAUUCUCAGAGACAAGCUACAAGAACAGCUGGUCUUAUUGCUGGGUUAGAAGUGUUAAGAAUUACGAAUGAACCCACAGCAGCUGCUUUAGCUUACGGUUUAGACAGAAAAGGUGAUAAAAAUGUUCUUGUGUACGAUCUUGGAGGUGGUACUUUUGAUGUUUCCGUUUUGUCAAUUUUUGGUUCGGUUUAUGAAGUCAAAUCGACAGCAGGUAAUACUCGUUUAGGUGGCGAGGAUUUCGAUAAUCGUUUAGUUGCUUAUUUCGCUCAAGAUUUUCGGAAAAAGUUUCAUAAAGACAUUACGCGACACGUUAGGGCAUUGAGAAGAUUGAAGACAGCGGCUGAAAGUGCGAAAAGAUUUCUUAGUUCGUACUCUGAGGCGUCUGUAAACGUCGAAAGUCUUUGCGAAGGAAUCGACUAUCACGGAAAAAUAUCUAGAGCUCUUUUCGAAGAUUUAUGUUCAGACUUAUUCAGGGAUACAUUAGGUCCUGUAGAGCAGGCGUUAACUGAUGCAAAACUAACAAAAACUGAUAUAAAUGAUGUAAUUCUUGUUGGUGGAAGUUCGAGAAUACCAAAAAUACAGGCAAUGCUUCAAGAAUUCUUCGAUGGAAAAACUUUGACCACCUCUUUAAACCCAGACGAGACUGUAGCAUGUGGAGCAGCAAUCCAGGCCGCCAUUUUAAACGGUGAACGCGACGAAAAGAUCCAAAAUCUUUUGCUAGUCGAUGUAGUUCCUCUAUCACUAGGUAUUAAAACUGCAAGAGGUGUGAUGUUAACUUUUAUAGAAAGAAAUACUCCAAUCCCUUGUCAGAAGACCAAAGACAUUACUACAGUAGAAGAUCAUCAGACAAGCAUGACAAUUGAAAUUUUUGAAGGUGAAAGAAGCUUAACUCAGGAUAACAAUUUAUUAGGAGCUAUUGAGUUAAAUGGGAUAUCACCAGGGCCGAGAGGAGAAGCUAAAAUUGAUGUCACUUUCGACGUUAAUGCAGAUGGCAUUUUGAGUGUAACUGCUAAAGACAGGGGUACUGGAAGCUUAGAGAGUAUUGUGAUUAGAAAUGAACAGAGACUGAGUGAGCAGCAAAUUGCGAAAAUGAUCCUAGAUGCCGUCGCCCACAGACUGGACGAUAUAGAAAACAGAAGACGAUUAGAAGCAAGGAACCAGCUAGAAACUUACGUUUAUCAAGCUAGAAGAACUAUAACAGAACACGCGGACAAAUUAACAGAGAGUGAGAAAGAAUUCAUGAAGCAAGAAUGUCAAAGAACUCUCGAAUGGCUUGAUAUGAAUACGGAUUGCAUAGAAGAAGAAUUUCAGAUAAAGACGACAGAUUGUAUGAGAAGAUGGGCGCAGCACUUCGGCUGCAUAGAACUCUUCAAAGGAGGCCAGCACAAGCAGCAUGCAGCCAUGAUGGUCAUGGCAAUGCUCGGCUUCUACUUCGAAGUGGCAAGACAUGACAGGGACAAGUACAUCAGAGUACAUAUGAGGCAUGUCAGACCAGAUAAAUUGCAUCACUUCGAGAAGAUCCGUGACGAAGCAACCUUAGAUUUGCCGUACGACUUCAAGAGUGCAACACACCCCGCCUGGCAGUUCUGGCGGAAAAUUGGCAAGACUGGUAUUUCUACUGUCGCCACUUAUAAGGAUAAGGAUCCAGACGGUACAAUAAUGAGGUCACUCGGCCAGCACGACGAUCUGUUGUCAGAUUCUGACAUCAUAAAAAUCAACAGCAUAUACGGCCUUGAAUGUUUUACUGAAAAUGAGAAUAGGCGGGCAGCCGGCCGUAAAGAUGAGACAUAA